CUUCCAAAUUUCAUAAUGGUAGGUUGUGAUAUUUAAAUACAAUGUUAAAAAAAGUUCAUUCAGAUUAAUUCCAUAUCUCUCUGGUCAUUGACAUCAGUUGACAUUACUGUGACAAUACAGUACACAUGUCGAUGAUGCAACCAUGUAAUUGCUCACGUGUACAUAAUCCGCCGAAUCCUCCCACGCAAUGCCAGCGCUACGCAAUGCACGCAAUGGAAUGGCGGGAGAUUGUCGAUUUAUGUUAUUUCGUUUAAGAGGUGUAAGUGCCAGUAGCUUUCUUGCAGAGUUGUGACACUAUUUGUAAGAGAAGGGGAGCUGUAUUGAUGACAAAACGAUUUGUUUAUUACAACAUAAUGUAAUAAUGCCUGGUCGCGGAGCUCUCAUCGUUUUGGAAGGAUGUGACAGAGUUGGAAAAACCACUCAAGCAUCCAAAUUAUUGGAAAAAUUGCAGCAUAGGGGCAUACCUUCACAGCUACUAAAAUUUCCGGAUCGCAGUACAUCAACUGGCCAAAUUAUCAAUUCAUAUUUAACCAGAAAGAUGGAUUUACCUGAUAAAACAGUCCAUCUUCUGUUCUCAGCCAACAGAUGGGAAUCAGAACCUCAAAUGAAGAAGCUUUUAAAUAGUGGAGUGACGUUAAUUGUUGACAGAUAUUCACAUUCAGGAGUUGCUUUCUCUGCAGCCAAAAAUGAAAUGAGCAUACAUUGGUGCUAUCAGCCAGAAAUAGGACUUCCAAAGCCAGAUCUUGUCCUUUUCUUGACAUUAAAUGAGACAGCUAUAUCAAAAAGAUCUGGAUUUGGAGAUGAGAGGUAUGAAAAUUCAGAAUUUCUGAAGAAAGUAGCAUUAAAUUUUCGAAGACUGAAGGAUGACACAUGGAAGAUUAUUGAUGCUGACAAAGAUAUUGAAACACUGAAUAAAGAAUUGCUCCUGCAUGUGGAAAAAGUGAUUGAAAGUGUUAAAGAUGCACAUUUAAGUUAUUUUGAUCUUAUAGCAAUGAAUAACUUAUGAGAUGUGGAAGAAAUGGUGCACUUUUGAUAAUUCAAUGAGCAAAGUAUGUUUUUAAGAAUAUAAUAAUCCUCAAAAAUAUUUUAUUGUAUAAUUACAAGACCAUUUAGGAAGAUCAUUUUUGGUUGUGAUAAAUGUUAUUACAGUUCUUUUCACACAAUUUUAUAAAUUAAAUACAUUGAAUCUGAUUAUAUGUGUUUUAUUUAUUGAUUUUUUAAUUU